CGCGUGUUGAUCGUCGCUCCUUCGUCGUCGUUGUCGUUUGCGUGUGAGCGUGCACGCGUUUCGUGCCAAGAUCGGUUCGCAAUCGCGACAUUAUUAUAUAUAUAUAUUUUUUUUUUUUCGUUUUUUUACAUACGUGUGUGCCGUGUUCCGUCGACGUUUGGUUUGGUUUUCCCCCAUGUUCACGUGCAACUUGUGUUUUCUUGUGCGACGUUUGUAAUUCAAUUUUUCUUUCCAUUGCAUUCGAUCCGUCGAUCUCGUCCGGACGGGAACGAGUGCCUCCACCGCCGCGGCCAUGGAGGACUCGUGUUCCGUAGAUAACCUGGCGCAGCAGGUCGAAGCGCUGCAGUUCCGAAAGCAGUCGAAGAAAAUUGGCCGCAAACUGUCCCGGCGGCUCUCACUCAUCACCAAAGUGCCGAACAUAUUCAACGUAAAGUUUGCGGGAGCCGAGGGUCUGACUUCGCAGAAAACCGUCGGUGUCGUCCCCUCUGGAGACAAUGGUGCCGUCCACACGCACGAGAUCACUGUCAUUGCACCGGAUAAAACUCAACGAUUUAUAACAGGGACCAGUGAUCAAACAAUUCAGCAAUUGCUAGCUGGUUUGGUGUUUGAAUUCAGCUUGGAAAAGCCUGGCUAUUAUUUAGGCGGAUCAUUAGCUGAAAUCGAUGAGAAAUCUACAAUCGGUUUUGUGGAAGGAGAUAUUGUAAUUGUGCAAGAAGACCAAUUUUGUUCUGAUCAAAAAUACGAAAAUGAUGAAAGAUAUUGCCUAUUGCAAAAAUUCAUUCAUGAUGAAAUGGCCUAUGUGACUUGUUUGAAAUCUGCAAAAGAAUUCUAUGGGGAACCAUUGCGAAGAAUGGAUAUUUUGUCCCUUGAAGAAUAUGAUUUAGUAUUUGAACCGUUGUUAAAAGUGGCAGAUGAAUGUUAUCAAAUAUAUCUAAAAUUGAAAAUUAUUAUUGAGAAUUGGGAUCCAGCCGUUGCACAGAUAGGUAGUUUAUUUAGUGCUAAUUUCUGGGAUUGCUAUAACGAUUAUCAAGAGGUGCACCGACAUGCCAAAGAGUUGUUACGUGAAAAAUCAGCGUUGGACGAGGAUUUCGUAGCGUUCUGUGUGCAAAGGAAGGGAGCAGCUAAACAUUCUUUGCAGCAUAUAAUCGACUUGCCGGUGCAAAGACUGUCUCAAUACGAAACGUAUUUCCAAGAUUUUUUGAACGAGACCAGACCGGAACAUGGAAGAGGCGCCGAGUACCACGAUCUGUGUAUGGUGACCAGCGCUGUUAAACAAACAAUAAAACGUGUUCAUGAACAAAGUGACUUAGAACGAAUUCAAGAUGUAUUUCCCAACGAUUUUCUCAGACUGUAUGACAAAGAAGCUCUAACAAUGAAGAUGAAAGGACUAAUCCGGAAAAGAGGAGGAACCGGCACUGCCGCGUUGAGAAGAGCACUAUCGUCAAAAUCUCUGCGGUCGGAAUCGCCUCCUUCGACUCCUAACAAAAUCCGUAAUGAAAGCCCGAGGAAGUUCAUAAUGGAAACUCCCGUUCAAUUCGUCAAUGGUGUACACUGUCAAGAACGCCAUUUGUUCUUGUUUGACGAUCUGUUGCUGGUGGCCAAAGCAAAAUCCGGUAGUAACUUCAAGCUUAAGGAUAAGGUCAGAAUAUCGGAGAUUUGGCUCAACGAAUCGCCCGCGGUGAUCGACGAAGUGGCUGAAAUUCCCAAGUCUUCGGACACGUCUUUCGUCAUCGGAUGGCCGACUACCAAUUACGUUGCCGUGUUCAGUACCCAAGCCACCAGAAACUUGUGGUGGUCGAAAUUGACGGAAGAAUCUCAGGAAGAAAUCCGCAAAGAACCUCCGACGACCAAUGUCCAAGUGUUUUACCAAGAUCUCACUACUGGCAUAGAAUAUUGCAAGACAUUCGCCAUAGGGCCGGACGAGAGUGCCAGAGACUGCGUUAAAAUCGCUUUGGACCAUUUGGAAAUGAGAGAUGCGGACCCGAGCCAAUAUCAGUUAUGGGCCAAAACGCCGCGGGAAGAGCCGCCAUAUCCGUUGUUCGGUCACGAGAAACCGUACUCCGUCAAGUUGAGCUGUCUGCGAGACGGGAUCAGCGCAGAAGAGGGAUUCGACCUGGAUCACUGCAACAAUGUGCACGACAACCCGUUGGCGAGAUGUCAUUUCAUUUUAAGGAGUGUAAAAGCCCAAGAGAAUGAAACAAACAAAAAGACCCCGAAAAAAUCUUCUGGCCGUAUGAAAAUUGGACAAGUUUUCAAGAAAACUCCAACCAAAGAAAAUGGAGGCAACUUAUUUGGAGUGCCACUGAAUCGAAUUUGUGAUGGCGAAAACCUUCCGAAGCCAGUUAUGGCGAUGUUGCAUCAAAUAUUCUCCAAAGGUCCCUUUACCCAAGGAAUAUUUAGGAAGUCGGCUAACGCCAGGUUGGUGCGUGAACUGCGCGAGAAAAUGGACAUUUGCGAAGACGUUUGCCUGGAGAAUGUACCAGUUCUCGUCACCGCUGCUCUGUUCAAAGACAUGCUGCGCUCUUUGCCCGACCCUUUGCUGUGCACCAAUUUGUUUCCGAAAUGGAGGUCAGCUCUGGACAGCCCCAACCUGCACAUGAAACUUUUCAGAAUCAAAAUGAUUAUUGAUCAAUUGCCCAAACCGAACUACCUUCUGCUGUGUCACUUUCUGUGCGUCUUGUACCACAUAUCUCGGCGUUCCACUCACAACCUCAUGUCGGCCGCCAACCUGGGUGUAUGUGUGGGACCGUCACUACUGUGGUCCGACUCACCGGCCAUGUGUCCGACUGAAGACUUGCGCACCGUGCCCGCAUUGGUCGAGAUACUGAUUGCUCACUGCGAACUGCUUUGCGGACCACAUGUGCCAAACCUGUUGGGUGACCCCCGAGAUUCCGGUACCGAGGAAUCGGAUUCGAUGAGACGGGACGACAGCUCCAUAGACAGCCUGGAAGUGAGCCCGCCGCCCAGGAAGGAUCAGAUAUCGUUGAGCCGGGACUCGGGGCUGACGCUGUCUGACUCGCAGCUGUACACACCGGACGAGGAGGAGAGCGGGUCAACCAGUUCCAGCGGAUACGAUCCGGCGUUCGACCAGGCCCACUCAACCAAGGCAGUGCCGCAGCCGCCUCCGCCGGUGACACCGACAACGACACCGACGACACCGACAACGGCGGCAGUCGCGGUGCCUACGAUGACGGGUGAUUACGUGCGCGUAUACCCGGGCUGGGAGGACCGGAAGAACGUAAGCUUCCAACGGCAGGCGUGGUUCCGGCAGCGGUCCAAGCGGCUGACGGCCACGGCCAGCAAGGAGGCGGUGCGCCGCAGCGCCUCGGAGGAGUCCGUACUGGACGGCGGCAACGUACCGCCGCCGCCCACGCCACCCAGGCGCAGCAAACCGGCUACGGCCGCGGUUGUGCAGACCAACAGCGGCAACCUGGUGCCGGCCCCGCAACAAGACCACCAGUACCGGAAGAUGAGCGCGGCCGACUAUUAUAACGUGGUGGUGGUCAAGUCGGAGGUGGUGGUCGACUCGUUGUACCCGAACAAUUACAGCACGGAGCUUACCAUCAAGCCCGUGACCGCGUACGAUGACGACGAGCCCACCCCUUCGCCGCCGCCCCCGUCGUCGACGGUGCGGCGUCCCUCCGAAGCGGUCGAAUUCCAGAGUAGAUACCGGCAUCGCGUACAGACUGCAGCCCGGGAAGACUGCCGCGGCGACGAUAACGAAGAGGACUCCAGCACGCUGUCCGACGAAGACUGUACGCCGCACGUGUCUCGGAGUAACUCGCGCGGCAACGAGGUGGUCGCCGACUCGCUAAAGCUCAGGCAACAUCAACCAUCGCAGCCGUCGUCGUCGGCCGUACAGCAGCAGCAGCAGCAGCAAACGCCUCCCGCGCACGUGGACGGCACCGUGGUGCGGCUCCGAGGGCGGUUGAAGCGCAAGGAAGAAAAAGCCGUGGUCUCCGCCUCCCGUUCCCGGUCCCUUCCGCCGCCUCCGCCGUACCGCCCGCCGCCGCCAGCCAACCGUCGCGCGCCCAUCACCUCGUAUUACCUGGGCGAGUGCAGUCAGGCGCAGCAGCAACGGUUCGUCGUCACCCGCACGUACGCGGACGAAGAGUCUUACGUUUAACGCCGGCCAACAGUCGUGCUCUGUGUGUGGGUACUCGCGUUUUGUAAAUAAUAUUUUUAUCAUUUUUUUUUUCCCCCAUCAUCAUUAUUAUUAUUAUUAUUAUUAUUAUUAUUAUAAUUAUUUACCCUUGACAAUAAAAUAUAAAACUACUUAAGUUACCUGUCGACUUAAAAAGAUAGAUGGGCGCCAAGCUGCUGAUAUUACCGAAGUUUUUUUUUUUAUAAUAAAAUGUUCCUGAUCCAUAUAUUAAUAUUAUUAUUAUUAUUAUUAUUAUUAUUAU